UUGAAACAAAUCCCUCCCAGUUGCAUUGCACCAUUCACAGUCAUAAAGCAGAACAGAACGCCGGCCGGCACGGCCUCCAUCGAAUCCUUCUCCUGCGGGGGUCUCUUUCAUCUCUGGGAGAGCGCGAGUAGUGUUGCAGCAGCAAAAUGAAAAUGGGACAAGAUAUGUUGGUGAAAAUCCUGCUAACUCUGCCCCCCAAAACUCUGAUGCGAUUCAAAUGUGUCUCUAAAUGGUGGUUUGCUCUCAUCAACAAUCCGGGUUUCGUGUCAAAGCACCUCUCCAACUCUGCAAACAACAAUCUCACCACUCUCCACGUCUUUUUGGCACGAUUAGUAGUGCAGCGGCAACAUGAGGAGGAGGAGGAGGAGGAGGAGAACCCCAAGUGUAACAGCACCACUAAGAAGGAGGAGACUCCAGAAGUAUUAUCAAUUCUUGGGUUUUGCAAAGACGACGAUAAUACUGAUGACGAGCAUAGCAAUAGCUGCUCUCUUGUUGGUGUCCAGGACAUCAUUAUUCCUCAAUCUUUUAUUCAAAAGAUCAGAGUCCCGGAACAACCAUUUUGUAUCCUAGGCCACUGCAAUGGCAUUGUUUUACUAUCUAGUGACAGUAGCCUAGUUUUAUGCAAUCCCGGACUUGGGGAAUUCAAUCGUAUUCCCGAUGAGCCAUGCCUUCCAUUGUGGCCCUUGGACCUGCCCGAUGAUCACGAUGGGCAAGAACAUAUGGAAACUGGUUUUCAUAUUGGAUUUGGCUAUGAUCCCGUGUCUAAUGAGUGCAAAGUUGUGACCUUUACUACUUAUUUUCAAGAGGUAGAUGAAGACUGCCGGACUUUUCUUAGUCGGCACAGAGCAGUAGUAUACACCACGGGUUGUGAUUUUUGGGAAGAGCUCAACACAGAUUCUUUAGAAACCGAAACUACUUUGUUUUGGCCUGAGUAUUUCCAGAUGCCCUUCAAGGGAAUGUGUUAUUGGCUGGGAUAUGAGCAAGAUAAGGAAUUAUUUCCAUUUGACGCAGUUGAGCAUCGAUUCCGUGCGAAUGGGGGAUUGAUCAUUUCCUUCGAUGCAAGUCGUGAGGUAUUUCACGGUAUACCCUUUCCAUCUGAGCUCCAACCGUUAAACCGGUCGGAUCACCUUUAUACGAAGCUUACUGUUUGGAAUGAAUCAGUUGCUUUUUUUGCCCUUGGUGUGAACGAUCGUCGAUAUCCUGAACCUUAUGAAAUGUGGGUGAUGGAUGAUGACUUUAAGGGUGCUUGGACAAAACACUUUACUAUUGAGGGCACAGAUGAUCAGAUACGUAGGUCUAGUCCUGUGGCGUUGUGGGGCGAUGAGUGUCUUAUGGUUGACAGUGAUGGGCACGUAGUUUUCUUUAAUCUUUGUACCAAAAAGCUUAAGCACACUCCCAUUGAAACAGUAGAUAAUAAUAUUGUUGUUUAUGUGAAUAGCAUAGUUUCGGUCAUGGGACGCAGCCACAAGCUUAAGAGCAUAGAGAAUACUUGCUCAGAUAAAGAUGAAGAUGCGAUGGUGGUGGUAGACGGGAAGAGGGAAAGCUGCCGGAGGUUGUACUCAUAUUCGAUUUGGGCCAUUCCACCGGCUGAUGUUUCUCGUAGAAUCAAGAAGCUGAUGGAGAGCCUCCAGGCAGAGUUUGGUGGGCCGGAGAUUGAACCUCACAUCCCCAUCUUGGGAUCUAUCCAGAUGAUGAGUCGGGAGGAUGCCCUUAACAAGUUUAGAUUUGCUCCUAUGGAUGACAUCGUUGCUAAAGUUGAUCGGGUGAUUACUAAGAAUUACUAUUACCAGUGUGUUUCACUAUUGAUGAAUCGAAAGUUAUUUGAAAAUGCCCAACGUUGGAGCUACCAUUUCGGUUUCUACAACAGUUCUAUGCCAUAUUUGAGUCUCCUCUACGGGAAGUUGACGGAAGAAGAAAGGAAAAAAGCUGGAGAAAUUGUUAAUAUUCUCGACGAGAGCAUUACUGGCUUAACCUUCCCCAUAACUCACUUUGCAUUGUAUGAAAUUGACAACGAUGACAUAUCUCUAAAAUCUUGGACCAAGAUUGCUGAAAUCGGUCGUUAGACAAGUUCUCCGGUUGCAUAUAUAUGCAUAGCACAUUAGCACUUGGCACUACAAAAAAUAUGGGCACUAGGGACUAAAUUAUUUGUGCCCUUUGAGGCCGAAGAGCACCAACAUAUGUGCUCAUAGAAAAACAGAAACAGUGCAGCAACAAUAAUUCUAUGUGUGACCUUUAUGAGUGUGUCCUUUGGUCGAAGGGCACAAUAUAGUUGUUUGUGUUAUUAAGGCAAAGCACAAUAGAGCCUUAUUUGUGACUUCAUUCUGACAGGUCUGACGACCCUUCUCAACUGAUUGGGCACGUCUGUGUAGUCGUGCCCUAUACCAAAUUUAUUUAAAAAGAAUUGAAUUUUUUUUUUCACA